GAAUAAUAGCAUUUUUACGAACCCCCCUCCGCUUUUUUCCUACUUAUUCGUGAAGGCAACAGGUUGGAAGUGACAAGUCAGAAGCAAAUAAAAUAAAUAUUUAGCCAAGAAGUGUUUGAAGUUAAAGUGUGGUAUUCAUUUCAUGUAUGUAUUUCUUUGAAUAGAAUAAUUUCCCCUGAAGAUAUUUACUUCGCUCAACUUAUUUUGUAAAAAAUAUUGAGACAAACUUAAAUGAAUCUCUGUCGAUAUUAUUAAUCAUGAUGACGCCUAAAUUGUCAGUGGAUAACAGUCACCUUCAAGAUAUGACUAUGCAGUAUAUGGAAGCGAUUAUGCGUUUGAAUAAGAACAACAAUAGUAAUGCUAACAUAAGCAAUAAUUAUCAUAAUAAUAUGAUUGCUACUCACAAUAACACAUUUCAUUCUAACAUGCAUGCAGUAACUGAACAUCAGCACACAGAUAAACAUCAUAUUCAGAUGUCUAAUAAUAGCCUCGGUAAUCUGAAUCACCAUGGCUGUUGUAAUUCCUGGAGGAAUUCAUUAAAUAAUAAUAAUAAUAAUAUUCAUAAUAGUAAUAGAAGUAAUGAUCACUAUCAAGAACAUUUUCAAAAUGGAGUCUCUUACGAUUACCGUAUCCCGUACAACCAAUUCAAUCAAAAUGUCAAUAAACAAUUAGAUGUGCCUACAGAAUCAACUGAUACAGUGAAUCAACAUUGUAAAGCAAAUUGUUUCAAUCAAAUGUUAACGGAUCAAUUGAAAUAUGAAAAUUUCUAUUCACAAAUGCAACAGUAUUUGAUGCUGUUAUGUGAAUGGUUUAAAAAUAACUCUAAUAAUAUGACAACAAUGAAUACUAUACCAACUAAUAAUGAUACUACUAAUAUCACAAAUAAUUCUAGUAGUAUCACACAUAAUUGGAUGAAUUCAGCAACCUUGUCAUCUCCGUGUUCCUCAUCUUCAACAUUGUCACCUGCAAGUAUAACACAGUUAUCAGAUAAUAAAAAUAAUAGUCCGUUGAAUAACCUACCUCAUGUCUUCAACUAUUCUGCAUCAGUCACAUCUACAGGUUUCUGUACUCCUCUACUUUCCUGUUCUUAUAAUAAUAAUAAUAAUAACAACAUAAAUACUACUGCAAGCAAUAGUAAUAACCCUUGUCACAAUUUAAUUUCACCGGAAUUUCCCACAUUGAAAAAUGAACAAGAAAUUAAUUCAUUUAAAGUCAGUCAGAACAAUACUAGUAUAAAUAGUUUAAAUAUGAUGAAUACUCAUUCUCAGAGCAUCAAUAAUCACGCAUACGACAGUGUAUAUAGCAACUGUAUCCAGGGGAUGAUGUUUAGUGAAUGCAUAAAUGCGAAAUCUUGUAUAAACUCACCUGCAACAACAAGAACAGCACCAUCCCAAGUACCAGUAGACAUUAAUAAGUUACCAGUUAGUAAUACGAGUAAUAAUGAAUAUGAAUUAGUCAACAAUAGUUUCAGUCAAUUAAUCAAUACAUAUGAUUAUCAUAUGCAAAAGAUUGUUCAAAUGAAACAAGAAGGAAUGCAUAAAGGAGGAGUCAGUGAAGGAGAUGAUGGUGAAGAAGCGGGGGAAGAGCAAAGAGGAAAAGGAAGAGUUAAACAAACAACAAAGUAUAAUCAAUGUUCAAUGAAUUCAAAGAAUCAUAAGAAUGUAUAUCAUAAAAAUUUGAACAAUACUAAACGUUGGUUUAAAACUUUUCAUGAAAAUUCAAAAGUACGAAAAGUAGAAACACACUUCGACUUUAAACAUUUAGCACAAUCGUGUAUUGAUGCUGAAGUGAAUAGCAUUCGAAAUGUACCCAGUUCAUCAUUUAAUCUGCCAUCAAUGCAAUUUCAUCAUGAAAACCAGUAUUAUCCUAAUCAACAGUUGAUCGGUAGAAGUACUGAAGCUACAAAUAAUUCCAGUGUUUACAACAUUGAAUCAUCAUUGAUGAGUCCAUCAUCAGGGGCACUGUCACCGCUGUCAUCCUCUAUAUCGUCGUCAAUACUAGCAGCAGCUUCAACGACGACGACAACAACAACAACCAUUUCAGCCGUAGCAAUGGAGAGGCGGAUUGUAAAUUUUAAAGAUAACAGAAGUAAUCGUUUAACUGGAAUUCAUCUGAAGGCUACAGAUUCAAGAUUACGUGUAAAUUGUGGUCGAUUGAUUCCUCCAAAAGAAGACAAAACAAAUCAUAAUGGACCACGCAGAAGAAUUCGUAAACAAUAUAUAUGUCGAUUUUGUUUACGUCAAUUUACAAAAUCCUACAAUCUUUUAAUUCAUGAACGUACACAUACAAAUGAAAGACCAUUUCCUUGUGAUGUCUGUGGUAAGGCAUUUCGACGACAGGAUCAUUUAAGAGAUCAUAGAUUCACACAUAGCUCAAAGAAACCAUUCCUAUGUGAAAUUUGUGGUAAAGGAUUUUGUCAAUCACGUACUCUGGCAUUACAUCGUACCACUCAUCAAGUGAAUCAGUUAGAAAGUAAUUCACCAGUUAUUCAAUCCAAUGAGUUUAAUAAUAAUAAUAAAACAAGCGCUAUGAGUGAUAAAAAUUCUAAAAUGGCUUUCAACAAUUCCUCCUGUCUUCCUUUAUUACAACCUCCUUCUAUUCCUAUGCAUCAUCGUCAAGAUCAAAAGCAACAGUGUUAUCCCCAUGAACAACGUGAUCGCGAACAGGAACAAGAUGAAGAAAAUCGUACUACUAGAAAUGAUCAGCAUAUUACUGAACCAGUGUUAUGGAGUUAAGAUUUCUAUGUAGAAAAGAUUUUUAAAAAUACUUUUUUCAUAUAUUUGUUUACUUAUCCUAUCCUGCCUCCCUUCUCUUGACAAAAACAAAUCAGAAGAACAACACCAGGAUAGUAUCAAGUGGUUAUACGGAAGAUUUACUUUUGUACACAACAACUUCCGUUAUCCAUAAAUAUACACACAUAUUCAAGAAACAUGAAGUGUAGACAAAAGAUGUGUUGUUUAACUCUUCUGUAAACUGACUACUAUACAUUUCAAAUAAACACAAUUCACGAAGAAUACUGUUGGGUAAUUUUCGUUUGCCUCCUUCUUCUUCCUCUCCUCACCUCUAUAUUCAUCGACAGUCACCGAUUUCACCUAUAACAUGUAUGUUUCAAUAUUGAUGUUAGUCUGAAGUUACCAGUCUAGCAACAGGUGUUUUGCUCUUUACCUUACCUCUUUCUUGUUUAGUUUAUUUUCUUCAGUAUGAAGAUUAUUUGAAAAAAAAAUUGAGUG